GGUGGAGGAGGAUGGCAGUGGCUCUGGAUGAAGUGUGGGGGCGGGUGAAGAAUGUCUGCAAGCAGAACGGACUGCUCAUCCUUUCUGUGCUGGCCGUGGUCAUUGGCUGCCUGCUGGGCUUCUUCCUCAGAGGCAAGCAGCUCUCCGAGCAGGAGGUUAAGUACUUCCAGUUUCCCGGAGAGCUGCUGAUGAGGAUGUUGAAAAUGUUAAUUUUGCCCCUCGUCGUAUCCAGUUUGAUGUCAGGUCUGGCUGCCUUAGACGCCAAGUGCUCCAGCCGCCUGGGCAUCAUGACCAUCUCCUACUACCUCUGGACCACCUUUGUUGCCGUGGUGGUGGGCAUCCUCAUGGUAUACAUCAUCCACCCAGGUGGAGCCGCUCAGAAGGAGGACACUGGGGAAAGCCAGAAGCCGAUGACCAGCUCUGCUGACGCUCUGCUGGAUCUCAUCCGCAACAUGUUUCCAGCCAAUCUGAUUCAAGCUACUUUCCAACAGUAUCGAACCCAGAGAGUCCCCGUGCUUAUCCCCAAACCAACGGUGGCUCAGCUCCUGGAUGAGACCACCACACGCAGGAUCUACAUCUACGGCAUCCAAGAUGACAACGGCACAGAUGUGCAGAAUUUCUCCCUGGAUCUCACGCCGCCACCUGACGUUAUCAUGAAAACCUCCCCUGGUACCAGCGACGGCAUGAAUGUGCUGGGGAUUGUAAUUUUUUCUGCUACCAUGGGAAUAAUGUUAGGAAGAAUGGGACCCAAUGGAAGCGCUUUGGUGAACUUCUGCCAGAGUGUGAAUGAGGCAGUUUUGAAGAUUGUUGCCAUUGUCAUCUGGUAUUUUCCUUUCGGGAUUGUCUUUCUGGUUGCCGGUAAGAUCUUGGAGAUGGAUGACCCUUCAGCCAUGGGGAAGAAGCUGGGUUUUUAUGCCAUCACGGUGGUAAUGGGUUUAGUGCUGCACGGCCUAUUCAUCCUCCCGGCCAUGUACUUCUUCAUCACUAAGAAGAGCCCCAUUGUUUACAUCAGAGGCAUUCUGCAGGCCCUGCUCAUCUCCUUGGCCACCUCCUCCAGCUCUGCCACUCUGCCUAUCACCUUCAAGUGCCUCCUUGAGAACAACCACAUCGACAGACGCAUCAUCCGCUUCGUGCUGCCUGUCGGGGCCACCAUCAACAUGGACGGCACCGCACUCUACGAGGCCGUGGCUGCCAUCUUCAUCGCCCAAGUGAAUAAUUACGAGCUCGACUUUGGACAGAUCAUCACGAUCAGCAUCACUGCCACUGCAGCCAGCAUCGGGGCAGCAGGAAUCCCACAGGCUGGACUCGUAACCAUGGUGAUUGUGCUGACCUCUGUGGGUCUGCCCACCGAUGACAUCACUCUCAUCAUCGCUGUGGAUUGGGCUUUGGAUCGAUUCAGGACCAUGGUCAAUGUGAUGGGCGACGCUCUGGCCACAGGCAUCAUGGCUCAUAUCUGCAGAAAAGAUUUUGUGAAAGAAGGGGAGCAGGUGCCUCUGAUCUGUGAAACUAAGCCCAUGAUAAGCAUCCAGCAGAUGAUGACCUACCAGAAUCAGAAGAAUGGCUGCUACCAGCCGCCUCCACCAGGCAGCAAGCAGGGCCACCUCUCCCCAGAUGUGGCACGCCUGAUGAAGCUGGAGGAAGGCGUCCGGCCACUAGAGAAGAAGAAACACGCUCACUCCUCCCACCACAAGAGAGAGCACAGGGAUAAGGACCACUGUUCCGUUGAUAUGAACGGGCUGGAGACUAAUGUAUAAAAGCAGCUGCCCUGCCAACAGCUACUGACACGUCUACAGCUGCAGGACCGGCAGGAGAGGAAGACAUAUUAAAGAUCGAGGUGAUUAAGUUCACAUGCAUUUCCCCUCCGAGAAGGAGAGCAGCCCAGGGUGGAUAAAUACAGAUAACCCUGGAAGAAAAGAAAAGACGAUUUUUGUUUUUCUACAUAACAUGAAUAACAACCCACAUUUGUGUAUGUUUGUGUGUGUACAUAUUUAUCAGAUAUGUAUUAUUUGGUACAAGCAGUGACAGUGCGCUGCUCUAGCUGACAGUCAUUUCAAACUGGGAGAACUCAUCUUGUUCAACCUUUCACGAAAUCUCCCCAGAUCUGUGAGUCAGCCCAUCUCAGAGGAGCGGAGAACGUAAUGGCAAAUACCAGAUAUAAUUUAAGGAACCUCUCCAUUCUGUGGACAGAAAACAUCCACUCAUAACUCUGUUUAUUAAUUCUGAUCUGGUUUGGUAUGUUUUUAGCAGAAUUGGGUUUUUGGAGCAUUCUUCCAAUAAAUUACCGGACUUAAUAAUGCGCACAACCAAGAGUGGGACAAUACAAGAUCAUUUAGCUUUCACAAGAAACCUUUACUUUAACACACAUAUGCAACAGUUUGGGUCACAUUCAGGAAAAAAAGGAUUAUUUCCAAUUUAUCAAAUUUUCCCAGCCACAUCUUUCCCUACACUUCUCUUCUCUGCCUUGUUGUCCUGAGUCUAAGUGGGUACUCUGCCUCAUACCUGCAGUACUGUACGGUCAUUGCCAGACAAAAAGACGAUGAAGGUCACGAUGAAAUCGAAGACGAGCGUCUGUCCUUGUGUUGAAGUCAUGUUAAGUUGUCUCUGCACCCCAUUGUAUUUCCUCUUUGCCUUAAACGACCAAGGGAGAAGCAUGUGGGACCAGUGCGCUCAUGAAGUACCCUGAAAACAACACAAACAACACAAGGCAACAAU